AUGAUCAACACAACAGCAAACAACGGGACCAGGAUCAACACAACAACAAACAACGGGACCAGGAUCAACACAAAAGCAAACAACGGGACCAGGAUCAACGCCACAGCAGACAACGGGACCAGGAUCAACGCCACAGCAAACAACCGGACCAGGAUCAACACAACAGCAAACAACGGGACCAGGAUCAACACAACAGCAAACAACGGGACCAGGAUCAACGCCACAGCAAAAACAACGGGACCAGGAUCAACGCCACAACAAACAACGGGACCAGGAUCAACACAACAGCAAACAACGGGACCAGGAUCAACGCCAAAGCAAACAACGGGACAUGGAUCAACAUCACAGCAGACUACGGGACAUGGAUCAACAUCACAGCAAACAACGGGCAAACAACGGGACCAGGAUCAACACAACAGCAAACAACGGGACCAGGAUCAACACAACAACAAACAACGGGACCAGGAUCAACACAACAGCAAACAACGGGACCAGGAUCAACGCCACAGCAGACAACGGGACCAGGAUCAACGCCACAGCAAACAACGGGACCAGGAUCAACACAACAGCAAACAACGGGACCAGGAUCAACACAACAGCAAACAACGGGACCAGGAUCAACGCCACAGCAAACAACGGGACCAGGAUCAACGCCACAACAAACAACGGGACCAGGAUCAACGCCAAAGCAAACAACGGGACAUGGAUCAACGCCACAGCAAACAACGGGACCAGGAUCAACGCCACAACAAACAACGGGACCAGGAUCAACACAACAGCAAACAACGGGACCAGGAUCAACGCCAAAGCAAACAACGGGACAUGGAUCAACAUCACAGCAGACUACGGGACAUGGAUCAACAUCACAGCAAACAACGGGACAGGGAUCAACACAACAGCAAACAACGGGACCAGGAUCAACGCCAAAGCAAACAACGGGACAUGGAUCAACAUCACAGCAGACUACGGGACAUGGAUCAACAUCACAGCAAACAACGGGGUCAGGAUCAGCAUCACAGCAGACAACGGAACCAGGAUCAAUGCCACAGCAGAUAA